UUCUGCUGUACGUACGCCCGAUACGUACCUGGUGCACUCGCGGAUCUGCACCUGGAUGGGAUCGGUGAUGGUGGUAUCUAGUUUGUAAAUGGCGCGACGACACGCCCGGUGCAGACUGUGCAUUUCAGUGAGGAGUACGAGGAAUCCAGGCAGAAUAUAGUUCCAGCAGAGAAUACGACUGACAGUGUAGAGUACGCACCAUUUAACCAGGAACCCCGCAACGCGGAUCAGCGUUCUCACGGGUGUGGAGUGUGGGUCGCCGUGUCGCCGCGAUGACAUCGUUACUUGGGAACAUACUACUGCAAACUUCCUAAUUAUUGCCGGAAUCGUUCUCCUGGAAUUAAAUACUACAGAUUUGUUUUUGAUUUUUUAAAGUUUAUUCAAAUUUAAAUUUUAAAAAGUAGUGCUCGCACAUUUUUCGUUAGUUUUUGGUUGAAAUACUUGAGAAAAUCGAAAUUCCCUUAAAACACAGCUCGGCACGCCACCGACAUGUGCCUCGUCACGGCACGCCACCGUGUUUUUCCGUGUUGCGAACUCAGCGAAAUUCUUCGCAGAAUUUUUGCCUGAAGCUUGGGCCGAGUUUCAUGGGAAGUCGUCUUCCAAACUUUUGUUUCUGACCUACAAAAAAUAAUUGGGAAUUUUUUUUGGCGUUUAAGCUGUGAUGUUCAUCAGUGAAUCUCGUGGAAUUGCGUGGAGAUUACCAGAAAAUGAUUCAGUUCCUGCUGUUGUUCAGUCGGCAAGGUAAACUGCGCCUGCAGAAAUGGUACGCGUCGUACGAGGAGAAGCAGAAGCGGAAAGUGUCCCGCGAGCUGAUCAAUCUCAUCCUGCAGCGCAAAUCCAAAACCAGCAACAUUCUCGAAUGGAAGGAUCUCAAAGUCAUCUAUAAACGAUAUGCCAGCCUGUAUUUCUGCUGCGCGGUGCAGUCGACGGAUAAUGAACUGCUGACCCUGGAGAUCAUCCACCGCUACGUGGAGCUGCUGGAUAAAUACUUUGGCUCGGUGUGCGAGCUGGACAUUAUCUUCAACUUCGAGAAGGCCUACUUCAUCCUGGACGAGUUCAUCCUGGCCGGCGAAGUGCAGGAGACCAGCAAGAAGAACGUCCUCAAGGCCGUCGCGGCGCAGGAUAUCCUCCAGGAGGAUGAAACCCCGCAAGGAUUACUGGAUGAUCACGGAUUAGGCUGAAUAAACGCACAGCUGCUGUUUUCCUGUGGAUGCCACAAGUUUGUCUUCAGUCAAGCGAAUUCUCAUUCCCAAAGUUCCUGUUUUAAUUUCUUCUCCAAAUUCUGAAUUUAUUUGUUCCUGUAUCUUGUGCAUACAGCGCUUUAACAUUAAUUAAUCCGUGCAGGUGUUUUGUAUACGGAAUUAACAAACCAGAGCGUCUUCCGCAAGAAUAAGAAAAAUCAGAAAAAAAU